AUAAGAACCAGAAGAAGAAGAAGGCGGAGCUGCUCGUUUGAAAGUGGCGGGCGGUAACCCUCAAUACUGGUCUAAGUAUUUGGACAAAGGACAAACGUUUAUUAAAUUAAUUGAAAUAUUUUGGAGCAUUUUUGUUUUUACAAUUUGACGUUUGGCAUUUAAGCGAUAGCGCUCGCCGACAAACAACCACUAAAUGCGGCUGUUGUGACAUCUGAAUAUCAGCACUGAAACUGGAAACGUUCUGCUCAGGAGACUCACGUCAUGACAAACGAGGCUGCAAAAGUGAUCCCAGUGCGGGUUGCUUUGCGCUGUCGCCCGCUGGUACCCAAGGAAAUCAACGAAGGAUGCCAGUGCUGCCUUGGAUUUGUCCCUGGGGAGCCACAGGUGAUCGUUGGCACAGAGAAGGCUUUCACCUACGACUAUGUGUUUGAGCCCACUGCUGAACAAGAAGAGGUCUUCACUUCUGCUGUGUCCCCUUUACUCCGCGGGCUUUUCAAAGGUUACCAUGCAACAGUUCUGGCUUACGGACAGACGGGAUCAGGGAAGACCUACUCCAUGGGGGGGACGUACACUUCGGCUCAGGAGAACGACCCGUCAGUUGGAGUUAUUCCCAGAGUGAUCAAGAAGAUCUUCGAGGAGAGGGAGAUGAAAACAGACUCUGAUUUCUCCCUUUCAAUAUCCUAUCUGGAGAUCUACAAUGAAGACAUCCUGGACUUGUUGUGUUCGUCUAAAGACAAACCUUCUAUCAGCAUCCGAGAAGACCCUAAGGAUGGGAUUAAGAUUGUGGGAUUGACGGAGCGGCAGGUGUUUUCUGCCCAAGAGAUGGUGAACUGUCUGGAGCUCGGGAAUGCCGCUCGCACCGUUGGCUCCACAGCGAUGAACGCAGCGUCUUCACGUUCCCACGCGAUCUUCACCAUCACUCUGGAGCAGCGGAGAGGCUUGAACAAAGUGGAUUCCAUCGUCUCCAAGUUUCACCUGGUGGACCUCGCUGGUUCUGAGAGACAAAAGAAAACCAAAGCGGAAGGAGAUCGUCUGAAAGAAGGCAUCAGCAUCAAUCGUGGUCUGUUAUGUCUGGGGAAUGUGAUCAGUGCUCUGGGCGAUGAAAGCAAGAAGAACACCUUUGUUCCUUACAGGGACUCCAAGCUCACCCGCCUCCUGCAGGAUUCUCUGGGAGGAAACAGCCACACGCUGAUGAUCGCAUGCGUCAGCCCCGCAGACUCCAACAUGGAGGAAACCAUCAACACGCUGAGAUACGCAGACAGAGCUCGCAAGAUCAAAAACAAACCCAUUGUGAACAUCGAUCCCAGAGCGGCGGAGAUGAACCGACUGAAGCAGCAGGUUCAGGAGUUGCAGGUGAUGCUUCUGCAUGCUCGAGGAGGGGUGGCUCCUGUGCUUUCCGGGUCGGGUUCUGAGGAAAAUGUGAGCAAACUUGUGGAAAGGAACCGCGCUCUGCAGGACGAGAACAGCAAGCUGAGCAGAGAGCUGAGCGAGGCGGCCGGACAGACGGCUCUCAUGUUUGAGAAGAUCAUCAUGAGCGAACAGGCAAACGAGAAGCUCCAUAGUAAACUGGAAGAACUGCAGCACCACGCAGCAUGCACAGUUGAUCUUGAAAAGGUUCUGGAAACGCUGGAGGAUCAGGAGUUGAAGGAGAACGUGGAGGUGAUGAAGAACCUGCAGGACUUGAUUUUGGAGCUAAAGAACGAGAGCGCAGGCAUGGCCGCCUCCCUCAACGCCAUGACUGCAGGGGAGGAACCUCCUGAGGCUUCUGGGAAUGGCGGCAAGAAUUCAGCCGACACAUCCCCCGCAGACGCUGCAGCCAUGAGGGACUCUCCGGAGGCCUUUACGGCCCAUCAUGCUCUGCGCCAAGCGCAGCUCUCUAAAGAGCUGAUCGAGCUUAACAAAGUGCUGAGCCUGAAGGAGGCUUUUGUCAGGAAGAUGUGUGAGAACGACAGUCAGCUGGAACCCAUGCAGUCCACGCACCAGAAAAACGUCCAGUCUCUGCAGUCAGCUGUGGAUUCCUUACAGAAAGAGAAGGAGGAUCUCAUUUUAGCCCUUCAAUCUGCAAAGAAAGACACAAACCAGGCCAAGCUGAGCGAGCAGCGGAGGAAGAGGCUGCAGGAGCUGGAACAUCAGCUUGUAGACAUGAAGAAGAAGCUGCUGGACCAGUCCAAGCUGCUCAAACUCAAGGAGUCAUCCGUGCAGAAAGUCAGCAAGCUCAUGCAGGAGAUACAGGCUAUGAAGAGUCAGCGCACGCAGCUGAUGAGGCAAAUGAGGGAGGACUCGGAGAAGUUCCGGCUCUGGAAGAGCAAAAAAGACAGGGAGGUCCUGCAGCUGAAGGAAAAGGAUCGUAAAAGGCAGUACGAGAUGAUCAAACUUGAGAGGGACUUCCAGAAACAGGCAAACGUCCUGCGCCGUAAAACUGAAGAGGCGGCAGCAGCAAACAAGAGGCUGAAAGAUGCUCUGCAGAAGAGAAGCGAGGUGGUCGAGAAGCGCAAAGACGCCAUGAGCAAAGGUGUAGAAAGCGUUGCAGCACGAGUGAAGACGUGGCUUCUUAACGAGGUGGAGGUGAUGGUGAGCACAGAGGAGGCCCGGCGUCACCUCAGUGACCUGCUGGAGGACAGAAAGGUCUUGGCGGAGGAGAUCACUCACCUCAAGCAGCAGGUCGAGGCUGGGGAGAAACCCGCUCCCAAGAUUAGGCGCCGCACUCUCAUCAUCUCUGAACUUGAGAGCCAGGGGGCCCUAGAGACCCCUCUGACCAAACAGGUGGAGAACCUGGAGACUGAGAUGGGCCUCAGAAACGCCCAGAUUGCUGACCUGCAGCAGAAAGUUCUGGCGGCAGACGGAGAGGUCCGCCUGAAACAGCGCAUAGAUGGAAUCUCGAGCAUCGUGGAGGCAAAGUGUGCUCUCCGGCUGCUGAUGUCGGAGCUGGUGUCUGCUAAAACAUCGUGUGCAAAGCUGGAAAGUGAGCUGAAACAAGAGAAGGGGAGCACUCAGGAUUUAAGGAAGAUGAUGAUGGAGGACAGAAACCUGAUGUCCACCAUGGACAUGGAGCAUCAGCAGCAGCUGGUGGAGCUGGAGCAGCGGCACCAGGAGAAGGUCCUCUACCUGCUUAACCAGCUGCAGAACAAGCCGAUAUGUGAAGAGUCUGAAGAAACCAAGCAGAGAGAAGAGGGGAGGUCAAAGGAGAGGGAGCUGCUGCAGCGCCUCAGCGUUCAGGAGGAGGAGCUGGAGAAGUUACGGACCUUAAGUGAGCAGAACCAGAAACUCGUGGAGCAGAACGAGCACUUCAGACAGAAACUCUCUUUGCUUCACCUGGCCAGUGGGAAAAAGGUUCUCCUGCCUGCUGUGAAAAACGAGGAAAACACAGAGGAUUCGUUCGAGUACGUUCCUCCUAAACCCAAACAGAAGCGGCUCACCACGGCUAAAGCCCAUCUGAACACGGCCAUCAGCGUGGCAGAGCUGAUGUCCCCCAGUGAGGACGAGAACGAAGACGAAGACGAUGACUGGAGACCCGUGAAACCUGAAGCAAAAUCCCGACCCUUGAGAAAAGUCAAACCAUCCGGAUGUGCAUGUAAGGGUCGCUGCAGCAACAAACAAUGUCGCUGCCGCAAAGGAAAGAUGACGUGUGGGGAGAACUGUCUGUGCGACCAUGAGAAAUGCAGGAACAUGGACACUCCGACUCCGGCCGAGGAUCUGAGUCACACAGGAAGUGUUUCCAAAGAUUCUUCAUCCCUGCCGGACUCCAACAGCCCUGAAAACAGCACCUUCUUCAAGCCUCCAUCCUGCACCCCCACCAAGAAGGUGCUGAUGGAGUUUGGAGACAGAGGCUUGAACACCUCAGACCUGACGCUGGCCCGGAAACCCGUCACGGCAGACGAGGAGGAGGCGGAUGACAACGUCGCGGACGAAGACGACGACAGAGAAAGAACAACGGUGAGCUUCCUGAAGAAGAAGAAGAGGAUCCUGACCAGCUUUCAGAACAGUUUUUUCUCUGGCUGUACUCCGAUUAAAGAGGAAUCCUAAUCGGCUCGUUCGGUUUUCUCACCUUUGGUUUAGCGUUUUGUCUGUCUUCUUUUUAUGUUAGCUGUUACUCACUGUAACAUCUGAAACGUCUGUUGUGUAGUGACUAACUGAUGAGCUGAACUAUGACAGUUUUUAUGGAAGAGCCUGUACAUACACGUCAUUUUUGAAAACGAUUACUGUAAAAUGAUCAGUUGUUGUUUGUGGAGCAGUUUUAACGUGAUUUCAGUGGUAGAGAUAAAUAAAGUCUUAAUAGUAGAUUGGA